AGACGUUGGGCGGGGGGGAGGGGCCGGCCCGGCCGGCGGUUGUUACUCGAGCGCCGCGGCUACAGGCCCCCCGCCGCAGGGAUGGACCGCCGAGGCGGCGGUCGGGGCGGCGGAGGCGGAGGCGGCCGGCCCGGCCAACCCUCAUCAUGGAUGCAAGAUGGGUACCACGGUUCCAAGCAUCAUAUCCAGACAAGACAACAUCCAGCAGAAGGUGAUGGAUUCAGGUUUCUGUAACAUUUCUGGAGGCCCCAGCGAGAUUCCAACCAUGCCAGCCCCUUGAGUUGCCGGGGCAGUGGAGCAACGGCCUGGAGGUCGUGGAACCCUGAAAGCGAAUGAGGUGGCCCACCACCCCACAGUAUUCUGGGUCCUCCUUUGCGGAGGUGGUUGAGUCCUCUGGGCAGCUGAACCCCGACCAGCCUCGGUGGAGGGACAGACCAGUUCACCAGGCAGCACAUCCGGAUCAGCUUCAGGAUCUUUUUGACCUUGAAGAAAGGAAAAGUGAAGAUGUUGUGGCACUACAUCAGAAGCAAAGCCUGGAGUUCUGUGCUUUAGAGGUGGUGUUGCCAUCCUAUGAGUGCAGGAGUCCUGGAGCUGGCAUGGCCGAGGAACCCUUGGACAGGCUGGAGAAAGGAAGCGGUAAAAUGGCUGUGGUGCACAGACCCUUUGAAGAGAUCACAGAUUCUAGGACUGAAGAGGAAGUACAGGAUUUAAUCCAAUUGUGAGGAGAUAAAAACUCGAGGGGCACACAGCCAGUGUCACCGAAAUUCAAAACAACCAGCAGGAUUUGAAAGACUUUGGCUUGUCCACUCAGCUCUGUCAUCCUUAGGGAAAUGUGAAACUCUGAAACUGCUUUUGAGGCAGGGGAUUUCUGGGGCUUUUCCUGAAGUCCUGACCCUUGGCUCUGACCGCUUAUUUGAAAUUUGGAGAGCAGGACUGAGGGCCAUCAGUGUGCUUCUACAGUUGUGGACACAGGAGAAGACACAGGCCUUUUCAAACUCCCCUCAAGCAGAAUCCCAGGCAUUUAGGAACCAAGUAACUAUGGCCUGAAGUGGGAUUAUGCUGCAGCGUUUGAUAAGUAUGAAUGCCUUUCAAGUCAGCUACUUUUCUUGGAAGCAGUGUGGCCAAGGAGAGAGAGAAUGUCUCUCAGAUGUCAGCUUUGAGGAGGAGGAGUUCAGAUGUCCAGAACUGGACUAGCACUUUUGAAUUUCCCAGAAGGCCGGGCCCUGUGACUUCCUUGGGAAGCUGUGCACCUCCUCACCCCCACCCCUGCACUGCUGGAGUCCAGGGCCACUCUGGUCUGCAAACCAAAUCCUGCCUCAUUGUGCCGGGGGGCCAGGCUGGGGUUGGAGAGAGGCAGGAGAUGUUAGCCGAGACAUUGCUUCCAUACCUGGACACAGAUUCACAUGGAGAGCUGCCUGCAAGGCUGUAUCAAGAUGUUGCUGUUCCACAGCAAGAUGGGAAUGACCACCUAACCCAGUAUCAAAAGCUCCCAGAGGAGUUUCCAGUGCUAGACUGGGAUCAGAAUCAGGCCCCAGCUCUGUCUCGACCUAAAGGUAAUAACGUGAAAGCUACAGACGUGGAUCAAGAUGAAGAUCACCAGUCAUUUCAAAUACUUAUUCCACCGCUAGGUAGUAAGAGUUCCAGACCAACAGAGUUUAUUGUUUCACCCCCUAACCUGAAGAAAGAUUUAGUUCAGCAUCGACGACUUGCGAAAAUUGUUAUUGGAACUACAGGCCAUGUGGGGAAAAAACCUCAGGAUCUAGACAAACAGUUACAGAAUGGUUAUUUGGAUUCCAGUAUGGAUGUCAUUAAUCCUGAGGAGAACCUACUUUUGGAUCUUCUGGGAAGCCCAGAUCAGCCUCCAGAGCCCUUUGAGGAGGCUGAAAUUCCCUCAUCCCUGCAGGAGGCCCAGACUCAUCAUCCAGAGCUCACUGAGGAGGUUGACUCUUCACUCCAGCAAGAGGCUCCUGCUCAAAAUUUGCAGACCCCUGAGAAGGGUGAAUCUUUUCUGUCUCAGGCAGAGGCCCAGGCUCAGCGUCCAGAGACCACUGAAGAGAUAGAACUACCUCCACUUCAGCAGGGGGCUCUGUCCCAGCCUUCAGAGGCCCCUGAGGAGGUAGGCACUUCAGUCCCUCAGGCGGAGGGAGGACUUCAGGAGGUUUUAGUUGAGCCAUUAAGACAUCAUAAGGUAAAUGUUCCCAACCAGAAUGAAGCUCAGCAAUCAAACCUGCACGGUGUCACUGUUAACCCUGUGGAUCUGGCACUUACUAUAACUCCAGAGGUCACUAAUGUGGUUGAAACUUCUCCAGUUCAGCAGGAGGUCCCUUCUCAGCCUCCAGAGAGCCCUGAGGAGGUAGAACCUCCUCCAGUCCAGGAGGAAGCUCCGUCUCAGCUUCUAGAGAGCCCUGAGGAGGUGGAACCUCCUCCAGUCCAGGAGGAAGCUCUGUCUCAGCCUCCAGAGAGCCCUGAGGAGGUGGAACCUCCUCCAGCCCAGGAGGAAGCUCUGUCUCAGCCUCCAGAGAGCCCUGAGUAUGAAUCUGCCCUACUCCACCAAGAGUCCCCAUCGCAAGUUCCAGGGUUCCCUGGUGAGAAUGUACCUCAGUUUCCAGCAAGUGAUGAGGCAGCAGCUCAACCUGGAAGUAAGUAUCCAGCUCACUCCAACCCAUCCAGUGUUACACUUAAACCGGUGGAUUUGGAACUUACGGUCACUCCAGAGCCUGCUAAGGAAGGCGAGUUUACCACAGCCCAGCAGGAGGCCCUGCCUCAGCCUCUUGAGUAUUCUGUGGAGGCAGAACCUUCUCCAACCCUGCAGGAUGCCACAGGUCCGCCUCCAGAGCCUCCUGAGGAAGCUGAGCCUUCUCCGGGUGGAGAGGGACAACUGGCUCAGCCUUAUGAGCCUAAUGAGGAAGUUGUACCCUUUUCAAACCAGCAGGAGAGCCCAGCUCAGCCCACAGAGCAUCCUGAGGUGGUGAAACCAGCCACCCAGCAGGAGAGCCCAGCUCAGUCUCCAGCAGAGAUAGAGCCUUCUGCAACCCAGCUGGAAAGCACAGCUCAGCAUCCAGAGUCUCCUGCUGAGGCCGAACCCUCUCCAGCUCAUCCUCAAGAGCAUGAUGUGACAGCAGCUUCUCCUCCAGGCCAGGAUCAAGCUCAGUCUCUGCAGAGGCCCAGUGUCACUGUUAAACCUGUGGACCUUGCACUCACCAUAACUCCAGGGCCCACAAGUGAAUCUGAAACCUCUCCGCCCCAACAAGAGGCCUCAGCUCAGUCUGCAGGGUCCCCUGAGCAACUGGAACCAUUAUUAGUCCAGCAGGAGGCUCCGGAUCAGCCUCCAGCCCCCUCGGGAAGUGGUGAACCUUCUCCAGUCCAGCUUGAGCCUCCAACUCAGCCUCCAGAGACCUCUACAGCUGCCACAGCUCAGCCUCCAAUCCAUAAUGAGGUGACGUUCUCAUCUGCGGGUCCAGGAGAAGCUCAGCGUCCAGUGAUGCCUGGUACCACAGGUAAACCCCUGGAUCUCGCAGUUGUCAUCACUCCAGAGCCUGCUAAGGAGGCUGAAAGUUCUUCAGAGCAGCAAGAGGGCUCUGCUCAUUUUCCCGUUUCCCCCGAACAGGCUGAGUUUUCUCCAAUCCAGUCCAAGCCUCUUUCUCUGUCUACGGAGCCCCCUGGGAAGGCUGAAUCUUCUCUAGGCCAACAAGAGACCGCAGCUCAGACUCCAGAUCACCUCAAGGGGCCGGGGCUUUCUUUGGUCCCGGAGGAGGCCCCAGCUCAGCCUCCAGAGCCACCUAAAGAGGUUGAGAUGACAGUUGGAACACCAGGACAGAAUCAAGCUCAGCAUUCCAACUCGCCCGGUGUCACUGAUAAACCUUUGGACCUGGGGCUUACUAUAACUUCAGAACCUACUACGGAGGCUGAACAUUCCACAUCUCCCCCUUCAAAACACUCUGAGAUGACACUUGCCCCUUCAAGUGUCACUCCAGUCUCAGUUCACACUGUGGACCUGGAAGUUACUGUAACUGGAGCAUCCAGUGUGAACACUGAACUUUCUCAAACAAGGCAGGAGACCCCAACGCAGCCUCCUGAGCCACCUAAGGAGGUUGUCUCUCAAUAUCCACCCCAUCAGGAGGUGACCGUUCCAACUCCAAGUAAGGGUCAAGGUCAACACCCAGCACCGCCCAGCGUCACACCUCAUCAUAUAGACCUGGAGAUCACCAUAACUCCAGAACCUGCUACAGAGGCUGGACAUUCUACAGUCCUCCAGAAGACUACAGCUCCUUCUCCUGAGGUGGCACUUGCACACCCAGACCUGACUCGAGUCACAGUUCCACCUGUAGACCAGGACGUUACCAUAACUCGGCACCCAGGGUCACCGAAGACACCUACUUCAACGGAGCCUUUGGUGGUGCCUUCUAUAACAUACACCUCAGAAAAGGAGCAACCGGAACAGAGCGCUUCUACAGUUGUGAACAUCUGUGAGCUCUGCAUCUGCAGUAAUGAGACCUUGUCCUGCGUUGGUCUCAGCCCAAAGGAGAGGCUUCGCAGAGUGCCCAUGCCAAAGCCCAACAGCUACAAUGGCACCUUGACUGUCCUAGAUUUCCAAGGAAACUCUAUUUCUUACAUUGAUGAAAAUGCUUGGAAGCCUUACCGGUGGACUGAGAAACUGAUUCUCAGAGAUAAUUCUUUGACUGAGUUACAUAAGGAUUCAUUUAAAGGCUUGCUAGCCCUCCGGUAUUUAGAUUUAUCCUGCAAUAAGAUACAGUUUAUUGAAAGUGGUACAUUUGAAUCACUACCUUUUUUGGAGUUUGUAAAUCUUGGAUGUAAUGUAAUCAUAGACCUGAGCUUUGGAACAUUCCGGGCCUGGCAUGGAAUGCAGUUUUUACAGAAGGUAAUUCUCAGUCAUAAUCCUUUGACAACAGUUGAAGACACUUACCUUUUUAAAUUGCCAGCAUUAAGAUAUUUAGACCUGGGAAAAACACACGUCUCACUUACAACAAUUGAAAGAAUCCUCAUGAUGUCCCUUGAAUUGGAAAAACUGAUCUUACCUAGCCGUCGGACCUGCUGCCUCUGCCAAUUUAAAAAUACUAUUGAAGUUGUCUGCAAGACAGUCAAGCUGCACUGUGACAGUGACUGCCUGACAAACACGACACAUUGUGGUGAAGAAGCAGCUGUAGGGAACAUAGAAGGAUCGUUCAUGAAAGUGUUACAAGCCCGGAAAAAUAAUACCAGCACCGAGCUGAUUAUUGAGCCAGAGAAGGCGUCCUCAGACGAACAUGGUGUCAGCUUCUCAGCCUUCAUCGAUGAACAGCUAGACUUUAAUGACAAAAGUGACAUUAUCAGUGCACUAAGUUAUGUACUGCCUUAUUUCUCGGAGGGAAAUCUAGAAGAUUUAGAAACAGCAUUUUUACCAUUCAUUAAACUUCUCUUUUCACAUCUACAAGAUGGAGAUAAGUCCCUGGGUUAUUUGGAAAAAAACACAAGGAACCGUUUUCUUAAACCUGAAUCCAACAAUUUACCUUAUAAAAAUAAACUGCAGAGAUUUUAUCAUCUGAAAAAAUGGUCAGAUUCAGAAAUGCAAAAAGAAAUCGAUGAAGUUGAAAAGAAGGAAAAAGCUGCCAGGCUUGUACGUGCUGACCCUUUGGAUCACAAAUUAUGGCAGGCCUUUCAAAAGCAAUUGGACACUGCCCAACCACAGGAAAACAGCCCAGCCAAGACUGAGAGUGUAGGGAAAAGGCUGCAGGGAGUGGACUGGGUCCUCAGGGGCCCAAAUGGCAUCAUCAAAAAACGUGUCAAAGAAUUGACACGUCGGAGGAAACAGAAUUCCCAGCCACCUGUGGAGAACACUGCCAAGGAUGAAAAGCAGUUGGACACUGCCCAACCACAGGAAAACAGCCCGGCAAAGACUGAGAGUGUAGGGGAAAGGCUGCGGGGAGUGGACUGGCUCCUCAAGGACCCAGAUGUCAUCAUCAAAGAAAGUGUCAACGAACUGAAGCAUUGGAGGAAACAGAAUGCCCAGCCAGCUGUGGAGAACACUGCCAAGGAAGAGGCACUCAAGAGGCAGUCCCCAGGAGCGGGGGGGCAGCUUCACAUGAUGUGGAGGCCCCGGAAGUUAGUGGGAAGCUCCUUCAACACAAAACCCUCACUUAUAAAUGAAGACAAAGCAGCAGUCUCUUCUUCCCUGCCUCCUGCCCCCACCCCUCCUAAAUCUGAGGUUAAACAGGAAUCAAAAGACUUAUCCUACACUAUUUUAGAAGAUGCAGAAGGUAUAGUUAGAAAUAUGGAAGCUUCUAAACCAACCUCACGUCCCAGAAAAAAACACCUGUUCCUUGGUCCUCGCUCUCGUGCGAUGCACAGAGCAUUCCAGGCCAAAAGAAAUCGAAAUUUGAAAAGGAAAGAGCUCCUCAGGAGAAUAUCCGCAGGCAGGCCUCCCUCCUCUGCAGUGAGGAGCCUCAUAAAUUCUCCUUCACGAGAAGCUAUUUCUUCUUCAGGAGAACUAAAUUCUCAUGAAAAUCCACCAGAAUUAUUUUCUUCUUUAGACCCUCUUGCAGGAAAGGCGACUGUGCCAGAAGGAGCUAUCUCUGAAGUCGCUGCCCAUACGGAUGUACCCAGCACAUAUUCUGUUACUACAGGCAACUUUAUGCCAACUGUUGAACACACGGGUGAAACACAACUGGAAUACCACAGCGUGGACACUGAAUUACCCUCUAAACCCACCAGCUUCACUUCCCCAGGGCCUUCAUCCUUGGGUGAUCAGUUUGAAAUCCAGGUAAACCAGCAGCUACGGUCCAUCAUCCCAAAUGAUUAUAUGAGAGGCCUCAUUUCUCAUUUGAUCCGAACUCUCAAAAUGGACUGCUCUGAGACGCACGUGAAGCUGUCCUGUGCCAAGUUUUUCACCAGAACAGGCCUUCUGAUAAAGCUGCUUAGUGAGCAGCAAAAAGUAAAAUUGUCCCAGGCAGAGGGGGAUACUGACCUGUGGAAAACUGAGAACUACAUCAGUGAGAGCGCAGAAGGCCGGAGUGACCAGACAGGGCAGGAGCCACAUGAGCUCACAGAAGAAGUUCCAGGAUACGGCUAUUCCAACGAACUCAUCUUGGCAAUAUCAGUAUCUGUGACUGCAGCAGUGGCUGUCUUGGUUAUAGGUUUCUGCCUUUUUGAGAUUUAUUCUCACAGGACAGCAGCAAAGGGCGAUAGAAAAAGCGUAAGGGGCUUCUUUCGAUUUGUGCUGCAUAGAAAAUGCCCAGAGGAAACUGAGAGUCAGGAGGGCUUCUGGAGAAUGCGGCCGUUCUGGCUCAGGGACGUGUACAAACCUCUCAGUGCCACACGCAAGAAAAAUAUGAUGCAGAAGCUACAUGAUGGGGAAUCUUCUGAUGAGGAAGAGAUUUUCAGUAGGGAUGCAAGGGCACCCAGAGAUGGCGCAGCUGACGUGGUUCUGACCAUCGAGUCGGAAGAGCCGGAUGAGGAGAGUGAGACAGCACAGGGGAGCGACGCGAUCCUGGACAAACUGCUCGAUGCUGGUCUCUAUACUGGAGAAGUGACUGAAAUCGUGGGAGGCCCAGGUAGCGGCAAAACCCAGGUACACGUGCGGCCAGCAGCAGGAGGACUGGUGGAGGUGUGUCUUUGUGUGUCUGCACACAUGGCCUGUGGCCUGCAGCAGAACGUCUUGUACAUCGACUCCAUGGAGGAUUCACAGCCUCCUGCAUUCUCCAGCUACUUCAGGCCAGAACCCCAGAUGAGGAGGAGCAGGCAGGAGCUCUUCAGAGGAUCCAGGUGGUGCGUGCCUUUGACAUCUUCCAGUUGCUGGAUGUGCUGCAGGACCUGGGAGGCACUGUGGCCCAGCAGCUUGGCUGAACCCAGUCGCAUGUAGUUGAAGAUACCAGACCCAUAGAAGAGGCAGACCACAGUGAGAUGGGAGCCACAUGUGGAGAAGGCUUUCUUCCUGCCCUCCAAUGAGCGAAUUCAGAGAACUGCAGCUGCCACAUGGGCAUAGGAGGUGAGAACGAGAACCAUGGGGGUACCUGCCAGUAUGAAACCCACACCGAAGAGCAGAAGCUCAUUGAGUUGGAGUUGGGUGCUGGAGCAGGAGAGCUGGAAGAGCUGUGGGAGGUCACAGUAGAAGUGGUUGAUCACACUGGGGCCACAGAAGUUGAGUGUGGAUAUGGCUACAGUGUGGGUCAGUGCAUUGGUGAAGGCACAAGCCCAGGACACAGCCACCAGUAUCCUCUGGACUGUCUGGCUCAUGCGGAUGCUGUAGGUGAGGGGCUGGCAGAUGGCCAGGAAUUGGUCAUAGGCCAUGGCUGUCAACCAGAAGCAGUCCACCCCAACCAGCUGAUGGAAUAAGAAAAGCUGUGUAUGAGGCAGGCUGCAUAGGGAACUGUGUGCUUGUGGGACAGAAGACAAGCCAACAUGGAGGGAACAGUGACGGUGAUGCACCCAAUGUCCAGCACUGAUAGGUUCCCCAGGAAGAAGUACGUGGGGGUGUGGAGUUUGGGUUCCACUAAGAUGGCUUCCAGGAUGCUGAGGUUGCCCCCAACCGUGACCACGUAGGCAAAGAGGAAGAGAACAGAGACAACUGGCCUCAGCUCUGGUGUCUCCACCAAGCCAGCAGGACGAACUCAGUAACAUCUGUUCCAUUGGCCCCAGGUUCUGGCUGCAUUCGUUUCUGCAAGGAAAUAUCCAAAGAGAUGAAGAAUCAGCCCUUUCAGUAUAUUUAUUCAAAAAGAAGAAACAGACUUCCUUCUCCAUGCUGAGCUCUCUGCUAAGUUCUUCCUCCCCAAGUAAGGACUCUCCCACGGCCCAGGCAUACACACUGGUUCGCUCUUUGACUACAUUUUCCUCAACAGCAUUACUUCAUUCUCAGGUACAGGGGAAUCCUUUCACAAUGUGAACAUAUAUCAUCACAUUUUACUUUAAAUAUAUUAUAAUUUUAUUUGUCAAUUAUACCUCUGUUAAGCUAGAGAAAUAACAUUUUAUAAGCUUAAAAAAAUGAGAAGUCCAGGAAUAGACCUAAAAUAAUAUAGGAAUUUAGUAUAUGAUGUAAGUGGCAUCUUAAAGGAAUGGGGAAAUAUAUUAUUUAGUAAAUGCUCUUGGGGCAAUAACAGAGCUAUCUGGGAAAUACGUAAGUUGUAGACAUAUCUCAUAUAUUUGGAUAAAAAUCAAUUCUAAAUAGAUCAAAGAUUUAAAUGUAAAUAUUAAACCAGAAAGUUAUUGGGAGAAAACUGGAGACUUUUAAUAAUUAAAAGUGCAAGGAUGAAAAAAAAAGUGCAAGGAUGACUCAAAAUAUAGACAAAUUUUAAAUAACCAAAAUUGACAAAUCUGUUAAAAUUUACCAGUUCUGCCAAAUUGUCUAAGUGGAACUACAUCCCCAAAGCCCCAUUCCCUGUAUGCUUCCAGCUUAGGGUUGACCACGAGGGGAAUUCGCAUGGUAGCUGUAAGGUAGGAUUGAAAAGGGAAAUGGGCAAUCUUUCAAAAUUACAAAUGUGUUUUUCCUUUUACCUGGUAGUUCUACUUCUGGGAAUUUAUCUACCAGAUGUAUAGUCACACAUAAGAAAUGAUGUAUGUGUGAGCUUGUUUGUUGCAGCAUUUGUUUGUAAUAGCAAGUAAUCAGAAAUAACCUAUCUGUUCAUUAUUAGAGGGCUGACUAAAUUAAUUAUGGCAUAUCCUUCCAAAGGAUAUGCAGCUGUAGGAAAGAUCUCUGUGCUGAUUUGAAAGAUAUCAAAACCAUAUUAUUAAAUGUCAGUUACAGCUGGUAGAGUGUGCAUACCGUAUAGUGAGCAGUUGAAGGCAAGGUUUUAACCCGAGUAUUCUGACUCCAGAACCCCUGCUCUUAACCUUUACACACACCAUCAAGGCACCUCAAGGUUCAUCAAACCAUGUCCUUCUCCUGCAGUUCUCUCUCAGUCUAUUUCUGACCCAUUCUUCUGACUCAAACACCCACUUUCUUCCUUGUGACAGCCAUGCCCUUGUAGAGCUCAGUCUUGCCUUGCAGAUUGCAUAGCUCCAGUCCAGAUGAGUGCCUUGGGUGGAUCACAGCCACAGUCUUCAGUUGCCCCCUGGUUUCUCUUUUUUAUUUUAACCCAUGUCAUCAGAUUGCAAACUCUGUAACUUCCUAUAUUCCCACCUUUGCUUACGCUGUUUUCUCUAUAUUGAAUGUCCUUCCAAUGCCACAGGGUCAAAGUCUUUAAGACUCGGCUCAAAUGCUGUCUCCUCCAGGAAUUCCUCCCUGAUCUGUGCCCAUUUUAAGGUGAUAUUUACAUUUUCAACAUUCCCAUUGCACUCUAAUUGUAUGCUACAUGGCACUUACCGCUGUGCCUUCUAGUGCAAUCACUUAGUGACUUAGUGUAUUUCCUCCAGUCCAAUUUAAGGAUGAGACUCAUGGCUGAUUCAACUUUAGGAACUAUAUGCGUAAAAUUAAUAAUGCAUCAUUUCAUAAAUAAAUGGAUGACUGAAUGGUUGACAGAGGUUUUCUGACAGAGGGCAUCACUGUGAGCUAGAGUGGUGAGGAUAGGGUUAGUUAAUGGACAAGGGGGAAAUUUGUGCUAGACUUUGAGGAAUGGGUAAGAUUCGGAGGGGGCUAAGAGUCAAGUGAAAAGUACAAGGUUACUGCUGUAGGGGUGAGUCCUCCAUUUGUCUAGAUGGGCAUGCAGUGGUUGUGGUAAUCCACACACUGACAUAUAGCUCUUUAUAUAAACUUCCCACAUAUUUUCUACAUUUGGAAGAUAGAUUCAUCAGAAACAAGUAAGUCAUGAGCCAGAACGAUAUGCUCCCCUAGUAGCUUCUGUGCAGCCCUCAAUCAACAAGGGACAAGGUUAAAUAAGAGUCUCCUAAAUCCUGAUUGUUCACCAGGCUGUCCAUCCAGGGUGUCUGUGUCUGAUGGGAUCACAAGAGUAAUCACUGACAAGGAGGCACUCCUAGAUCACCAUUCUUGGGGGUCCGUAUGAGUUCUAGGCUCCCCUUAUUCUGCCAUGACCACUCCCUACUCUGAAGUUCCAAUAGGUUCUUCAUGCACUAGGGUUGGUCUUAGAGAUCUGGUCAGGCUGUCCAGUAAGGACUGGGUUCUUUGGCAGAGAAAUUAAACACUGAAUCUCCUCCCACUCACCCUUAACAAAGUCAGAAAAUGAGCUUCAUCUAAAAAAAAAAGGGAAUUGGUAAAGACGCCUGAAAGCCAAACCUCAAUCUUUGGGUUACAGUCCCAGCUCUUCCACUCACCUGAUGGGUCAUCCUGAGCAAAUCUCUUAUUUUCACUUUUGAGACCUUGGUUGCUGAAUCUGUAAAGCAAGGAGGCUUGACUUACUCAGUAACAACUGAAGUUCCUUCCCGGUUACACGGGAGUAGAGGGAGGGCCAUCCAGCAAGAUUUCCUGGAAAGGGCUGUAGAAAGGGGUUGAGACUGUGCACAAAUGCAGUCAGCUACUCUGGGGGCAGGUGCUGGGCUUUAUAUACGGAAAUGAGAUAAAGAGAGGCCAAGACCAUCUCUGUCAUGGGACUUCUCCAGCAUACUGUUACCCUCUUGAGACCUUGAAAUUAGCCCAAGAAGGGAGAGGAGGUGAUGGGAAGGGCUAAGGGCAGGUAAAUAAUACAAGCCCUAAUAAAUACAGCUGUGGGAAAGCAGUGGGGCCUCACACCUCUGUGGGGAUUUAGAAUUUUCCCAAACAUCUUCAUCACCGUCCUCUAUAUUAAUUUAUGGAGAUGGUUAGGGCAGGUAUCAUAAUAACUCCUUUUAACAGAUGGGGACAUGAGGGAGCUGUUUGCAUUCCCAGUCAAGUAGGAGACUGGAGGCAGAGCCAGGAUUCAGUCUGGGUCCCCAGACUGAGGGCUUUGCUCCCCUGGUCCAAACAGGACUUGGGGGCACAGACAAGCUGCCUUCCAAACCUGGGGAUGAGAAAGAAACCCAAGAAAGGAGGCAAAAGCUGGAGAGGCCUUUUCCAACUUUAAAUUCGUAAGGAAUCCUCAGGAACAGAAUUCAUUCCCACCCGGGGCCCUGUUGGUGGGGUCCAAAGAGACUGAGUCCUAGGAAUCCUGUAAUCCUGAGUGAGGCGAUAGGAGCCCAGGGCUGUGCUGGGAGGAACUGGGGGCCCCCUGGGAACUUGCCCCCAACCAUGAUUUUCUGGGCCAGGCCCUUAGAAGAUGGAAGUCUAGUGAUAGGGAUGAUGGAGAAAGAAAACUGGAGAGGCUAGGUAGUACCACCCUUGGAUUCUUAUGUCCUCCUCAGUUAAUUGCACACCCAAGCCCAUGUGACAGCAGACUUCUGCUGGACCUUGUAGAUGAACAGCCCUGCUCACCCAGUUAACAACAACUACUGAACCCCUCUCACCCCAUUUCCUUAUCUGUAAAAUGAGAGUAAUAUACUGUCUUAGGGUUCCUGGGAGAAUUAAAUGAAGUAACACACAAAGUGCCUAGUAGAAGACCACUAAUAUUAUUAGUAGUAUAAUAACAUUUAUUGUGUGCUUGUUAUGUACAUGACACUAUAUCAUAAGCUUUAUAUACACAAAAUCCCAAUCAACCCUUACAACCAUUCUAUGCAGUGGAUACCUGUAUUAUUCCCAUUUUGCAGAUAAAUAAAUUGAGGUUCAGAGUGAUUCAGUAAUUUGCCAUAGGCCACAUUGUUAGAACUUUGAGGAGUUGGGGUUCAGUCUUGCAUUUGCCUAAUUCCAGGUUACAUGAUUUCCAAAAUUAUGCUACUUGAUUUACUUCCCUACCCUCUCCCAGUUAAUGUCUUUCCCCCAAACAAUAUACUUUUAGCUUCUGUUGCUUAUGAUAAAUAAUGCUCCAGAUACGCCCUGGACUAUGCAUUAGGCUUGCACUGUUGGCUUAAGGAUGUAAUAUAUGAAUGUUAAGGCUUUGCAUCGUUCAGUAACAUUUUUCUAAACAUAAGACUUAUAAAAUACUAUACAUAAAAAUUAUGACUGAUAAUAUAAGCUUAAACAUUAAUAAAAUCCACAAGGAAAUUAAAUAUAGUCCCUAAAUAAUUCUUGUGUAAAGGAGAAAAACCACCACUCCAGUAUUAUACUAAUGUAAGAGUAGAGAGAUUUAUACAAACAUCAACGAUAUAUUAGAAAUGCCACGUCUUCUCCAACUGUCAAACUUCUCUUCAUUUUUCUUCUCAUCCUCCUUCUUCCCACUCAAAUAGGUAUAAGGUAGUGUCCCUUUGCAUCUGCAGUUCCUUAGUUAUUAAUUUGGUUGCGCAUCUCUCCAAAUACUUGCUGGUUCUAUGUAUUUAUAUCUAUGAAAUGCAUGUUCUGCCUUUUACCCAUUUUGUUAUUAGGCUUUUGUCUUUUUCCUAUUGAUUUGUAGGAGUCAUUUACUAGAAUCCAAAUCCUCUUUUGGUAAUAGGAUAUUACAAAUUACAGAUGUCUUCUCCAAGUUUGUGGCUUGCAUUUUCUCUUUUCUUAAGGGAUAUUAUGAUAAUCAGUAGUUUGAAAUUUUAAUAUAGUCAAAUUGACAAUAUUUAAAUGUUGUGGCUUAGUGCUCUUUGUGUCUUGUGUAACAGAUCCUUUUCUAUCUUAAGGUUAGAAAGAUAAAUUAGGGGUCGGGGAUUAACAGACACACAUUACUAUAUAUAAAAUAGAUAAACAACGAAGACCAACUGUAUAGCACAGGAAACUAAAUUCAAUUUCUUGUAAUAACAUAUUUCCCAUCAUUUUCUUCUAGAAGUUUUAGAGUUUUGCACUUCACAUUAAACAUUUAAAUCCUCGGUCCAUCUCAAUGGAGAGUGAUGUAAGGAUGCUAUUUCAUUUUAUUGCAUGUGGAGAACCACGUUACCCAGCUCCAGUUACUGAAUAGUUCCACUUUCGCCCAUCCGCCAUGCCACCUCCAGCAUGUUGCUGAGUAUAUCUGUGUGUGGCCAUAUUUCUAGAAUCUCUGUUAUGUUCUCUUGGUCAAUUUGUCUGUCUCUACAUACACUAUACUGUCUUAAUAUUGUAAUAUUAUGCUAAGUAUUUGGUAGGGUAAGCUUCUUUAUUUUCAUUCUUUUCCUUUGAGACUAUUUUGGUGAUUUUAAUCAUUUAAUCUAUUACACAAAUUUUAGAAUCUGCUUAAGCUCCACAAAAAACCCUUUCAGAGUUUUGAUUACAGUUACAUUGAAUCUAUAGAUAGAUUUGGGAAGAAAUGACAUGUUUACAUCAGUCUUUGUACUUUCCAUUUAUUUAUAACUUUUUUACAUAUAUAUAUAUACACACACACACACAAAUAUUUGUCAAAGGAUUUUUAUAUUAUCUUUUUUAAUGUCUUUAAAGUUUUACACAUUACUGUGUACAAGUUUUGUACAUCUUUUGUUGCAUUUAUUACUAGGUCCUUUUAAUUUUUGUUGUUGUGAAUUAGGUUUUUCUUUAAAAGUUAUAUUUUCUCAUUGUUUGGUGCUGGUGUGUAGAAAUGGAAUCGAUUUUAUAUACUGAGUUUAGGCCACCUUGCUGAAUUUUCUUUUUAUUGUUAGUAGUUUGUCCACAGAGUCUUUUUAUGUUCUUUACAAACAAUUACACUGAUUAUGAGAUGUUUUCCUGAUGCUUUUAAUUUUUUUUUUUUACUUUAUUCCUUUUUUUAAAAAAUAUCCUCAGUACUCAUGUAUCUUUUUUGGAGGGGCUAAUUAGGUUUGUUUAUUUAUUUUAAUGGAAGUCCUGGGGAUUGAACCCAGGACCUUGUGCAUACUAAGCAUGCACUCUACGACUGAGCUAUACCCUCCCCUCUCAAUUAUCUUAUAACUAGAAAUUUGUACCUUUUGACUGCCUUUAUCCAAUUCCCCCUCCCCUCAAGCCAUGCCUCUGGUAAUCACAAGUCUGAUCUCUUUUACUGUGAGUUUGUUUGCUGUUUUUGAAAUAUAGUUGGCCUACAACACUAUGUUAGUUCCUGUUAAACAACAUAGUGAUUCCAUAUUUCUAUACUUCAUAUUUCAAAAUGAUCACCAACAUAAGUCUAGUUAUGAUCUGUUACCAUACAAAGGUAUUACAUAUUUAAUGACUGUAUUACCCACACUGUAUACAGUAUCUACACUGUAUAUUUCAUCCCCCGGAGACUCCUCUUAAUCUCCUUCACCUAUUUCUUUCCUCCCACAACCCCUUCCCCUCUGGCAACCAUCUGUUCUCUGUGUCUGUAACUUUGUUUUUGUUUUGUUUUGUUAUGUUCAUUUGUUUUGUUUUUUAGAUUCCACAUAUAAAUGAAAUCAUCCAGUAUUUGUCUUUCUCUGUCUGAAUUAUUUCACUUAGCAUAACACCAUCUAGAUCGAUCCAUAUUUUUGCAAACGGCAAACUUUCUUUUUUAUGGCUGAGUAAUACUCCACAGACUUCUAACUUCUUGCUCUGUGCAUCCAUUCCUCUCCCAGGUUCUUUGAUCAUCUUUACGAUCACUAUGCCGAAUUCUUUCUCUGAUAGGUUUCCUAUUCCACUUCACUUAGUUCUUUUGAAAUUUUAUCUUGUUCCUGUUUGGAACAUGUUCCUCUUUUGCCUCAUUUUCCCUAAGUUAUUAUUUUUAUUUUUAUGUAUCUGGUAGGUAUGUUUCCUGACCUUGGAGAAGUGGCCUUCUGUGGGAGAUGUCCUAUAUGUCCCAGCAGCGCACUCCCCUCUCGUCACUCAUUAUGCUCUAGGGGUUCCCCCUGUGAGGGUGCAUGGGUCAUUCUGUUGUGGCAGGCUGACUGUGUGGGUGGGCUGGUAGGCUUGGUUGGCCCCUGGCCUGGCUGGUUGCCCGGGCUUACCUUGUGCAGAGGCUGCCAGCUCCUGGUUGGCUGACUGAGGAAAGUUGGGGCUAGUGCUGGUUCGCUUAUGGGCAGAGUCAGGGUCCAGAAGUGGUUAUAGAGGAAAUGUGGCUCAACACAAGAAAAGCCCUCAGAUAACAUCAUAAUAGUGAAAGCUGAAGGCUUUUCCUCUAAGAUCAGGAAUAAGACCAAGAUACCUGCUCUUGCCACCCUAUACAACAUAGUAUUGAAAUUCUUAAAACGAGCAAUUAGGCAAGAAAAAGAAAUGAAUGGCAUUCAAAUUGGACAAGAAUAAGUAAAACCAUCAUUAUUUGCAGAUGACAUGAUAUUAUAUCUGUGAAACAGUAAAUAGUUCACAAAAAAUUAAGUGUAAUAAAAUUCACUAAAGUUGCAGGAUACAAAAUCAACAUAUGGAAAUCAGUUGCAUUUCUAUACAGUAAUAAUGAACUAGCAGAAAGAGAAAUUAAGAAAUUGAUUUAAUUUACAGUUGCACCAUAAGUAAUAAAAUAUCUAGGAAUAAAUCUAACUGAGGUAAAAGACCUGUAUACUGAAAAUUAUAAGACAUUGAUGAAAGAAAUAGAAGAAGGCACAAAUAAAUGGAAAGAUAGUUUAUGUUUAUGGAUUGGAGGAAUUAACAUUGAAAUGUCCAUACUACCCAAAGCAAUCUACAGAUUUAAUACAACACCUAUCAGAAUUCCAAUGGCAUUAUUUAGAAAUAGAAGAAAUGUUCCUAAAAUUUGUAUGAAACUGUAAAUGACCCUGAAUAGCCAAAGCAAUCUUGAGAAAGAACAAAUCUUGAGGCAUCACACUUCCUGAUUUCAAUCUACAUUAUAAAGCUAUAAUAAUCAAAACAGAAUGGUAUUGAUGUAAAAAACAGACAUAUAGAUUAAUAGAACAGAUUGAGAGCCCAAUAAUAAAUGCACAUGUAUAUAGUCAAUUAAUUUAUGAUAAAGGAGCCAAGAACAUAACGCAAAGUGGGGAAAAGUAAGUAAAACAGCACCUUGUGGACUCCUGGGUGGUUUAGUCCAAUCCCAGCUCCAACUUCUGUUCUUACAGGGAGUGCUGUGCCCACUCUGCCGUGGAGCCUAGGUGACCAGUUAGCUGUUUGUAAAUUCACCACCACCACAACCCUUAAUUUUCCUAAACACACUGAGGCCAGGUGGCCGCCAUUGCGUGAAUUUGUAAAUGUGAACUGGCUUACUCACCAGUCCCCUGUUUCCCCAGGUGACCUGUUGAAGUACAUACAGAUCCAUGAAUAGGGGAGCUCUACCCUAAGGAACAGGGAAUAGCAAUCAGAUGAAAGGAAAGGAGCUAAUUAAUAUUGAGUAUUCAUAUAGUAGAACCAGGUGCUUGAGAUCCAUUAUUUUAUGUAAUCCUCACACUCUAAGAGAAGAACGUUAGUCACUUUUUUAAAUUAUGCUUUUAAAAAUGAAACAUAACAUACAGAAAAGUGCACAAACCAUAAGCUUGAUGAAAGCCAACACACCCAGACCAAGAAUUAGAAGCUCUCUUAGAGUCCCUCCCCAUCACUAUCCACUCCCUUCUCACUGCAAGUAAACAGUACCCUGACUUUUAAUAUCAUAGGCUUGAUUCGCCUGGUUUUGAACCUGUACAAAUGGAAUCACUCACUCUACAGGACAUGGCGUUAGGUCCAGCCCCUUUCACUGAAUAUUAUGUAUGUAAGUUACCUCCACAUUGUUGUAUGUAGCAGUUGUUUAUUCACUUGCAUUGGUAUAUCAUCUCCGGUAUGAGGAUGGAACAAUUUACCCAUUUUCCAUGGGCGUUAGGGUUAUUUCCACUUGGGAGCCAUGAUGAAAAAUGUUCUCUUUCAUUGUAUACAUGCUUUUUGGUGCAUGUAAGUACAUAUUUCUGUUAGCCCUGUACCUAGGUGUUGCGGGCUGUUUUAGUGAAUACUGCCUGACACUUUUAGGGGAUACCGCCAAA